AGGACAAAAACAAUCGGCAUCACACAAGCAUACAGUACAAACAGGAGAGAUUUGACCAAAUUGGCGUGACAAAUAUAAUUUUUUUUCCCGGACACAACACGGUGGACCGAAUGAGAAAAUGGUUUCCCCGGUGACAGUGGUAAAGAGCGAAGGUCCUAAGCUGGUGCCGUUCUUCAAGGCAACCUGUGUGUACUUUGUCCUGUGGCUGCCCACCUCCAGCCCAUCCUGGUUCAGUGCCCUCAUCAAAUGCCUGCCCAUCUUCUGCCUGUGGGUGUUUCUGUUGGCACAUGGCUUCAGCUUCCUCGGUGCCCAUUCCAGUGCCCGUAAGAUCUUGGCUGGCCUCAUCUUUUCUGCCCUGGGCGAUGCUUUUCUCAUCUGGCAGGAGCAGGGCUACUUCAGCCACGGCCUGCUGAUGUUUGCCAUCACCCACAUCCUCUACUCAUCAGCCUUUGGCAUGAAGCCCCUCAACCUGCGUGCCGGCCUGGUGAUCGCCGCUGUGUCUGCCCUGAGUUACAUCCUUCUCUACCCUUACCUGUCCGGGCCCUUCACUUACCUGGUGGCCGUCUACAUCGCUCUGAUCGGCUUCAUGGGCUGGAGGGCCAUCGCGGGCGUGCAGCUGGCCAACGACCUGUGGACCUGGACCAAACUGUCGGCCUGCCUGGGCGCCGUGCUCUUCAUGGUCUCCGACCUCACCAUUGCCGUCAACAAGUUCUGCUUCCCCGUGCCGCACUCGCGCGCCAUCAUCAUGGCCACCUACUACGCUGCCCAGAUGCUGAUUGCGCUGUCCGCCGUUGAGUGCCAGGAUGUGGAGGUGGCCAGGAAGAGAUCAUGAAGUACCGAAGUCUCCAAGGAGAUGGCCCAUGAGGAUGGGAAGGUGGUAGCCACUCCCCCUCUGGCCUGGUGUGAUCAUGGACACAUUUCACUGCCAGAUCCCCAACCCUCAGCCCUCAUCUCAGUGCGGCGCUCCUAUAUCGUUGUUACCAUGGGGAGUGACCCACUAUGGCCCAAUAUGGCUAUCACCUUAGUACCCCACUGCCCCGCUACUAGUAUAGUAGUCUCACACACUUCUGACCAUGGAGAUAUGAUAGUAUUAUCUACAGCCUCCCCCGACAACAAUCCUACCUGCCUGUCUCGAUUCUAGUAUGGCAGUCUCAAAAGCUAGUUACCAUGGAGACAAGUAUACUACUAAUAACCUGCUAUAGAGUACAAAUUAUUUUACUUUAUACUUUUAUGUUUUAAUUUAAGGGGAGCAUGUCCCUGGGGACCCUCAAGGAGUGUGAGUGAAUGUGUGAGAGAGAGAGAGAGAGUGUGUGUGUGUGUGUGUGUGUGUGUUUGAUUAAGUGCUCUCUUGCCCCAAACUCUUAAACUACAUUGACCCCUAACACGCUUCCCCUUCCUGCGGUCCAUUAAUGCAAUUUCAGUGUUUUUGCGCUUUUCGUAACUGCUGUUUAUUACUUUGGUCAUUUGCUUUACUUUCUAUUACCUUUUUUUUUUUUUUAAAAAAGGGAGUUUUUAGUGAAGUGACUUUCACACGUCCAGCUAUUCACUCUCCGUUGCUUUGUGUUCCCCUGCAUUAAGGGUGCUAUUCUCAAAGUCAGGAGUAUAUCCACGCUUGUUUUUUUAUCAUUUGUGGUCUCUUCCAUUUCACUCACAGCAACCACACUUGCCUUUAUUCACUCCGCUAGUCGAUACCCCGAACAAAGUCACACCCAGCCUCUCUGGAUGUAUUUACUAUUUGGAUUUCUUUGAAAUGCUAGAGGAAGAAUGACGACUGAAACGAGAAAUGAGGCAAUAAAGUGGGAAGGCAGAGAGAGAGGGAAUCUGCAGUGAUGUUACCGAGCAGAGAGUUUGUAUUGUAGCUGUAGUACUUGAACAUCCCCAUUUGUGUUAAGUAAGAGACGGAGGUUAUUUAAUGUGGGAGCUGGGUCCUUCCUACUGAGAUGUUUUUAUUGACACCCGCCUGCUGUCACACACAGGACAUGUUAGACAUUACAGUCACAGCAGCACACCGUAGACAUUAAAGACAUUACCUGGUAUGUGGUCAAAACAGAAAUACCAUAAGGUACAAAACACCUGCUACUCCUGUUGGUGUUAAGUCGAUCAGGCGUUUUACAGUGUUCUGCCCGCCGGCGGCUUCAGAGACACGCAUGUGCAAAUAUGAGUACAUGGACACCCGUCUGUUUACACCUGCAGCUCCCGCUGGUUUGGUUAUUAGGAAAAGUUGAUGGGGUUCUUAUUGCUGGAAUAGUUCAGUCGGCGCAUGCUGGCACGGGCUCGGGACCACGUCGUGCUGUCUUAACAGAGAGGACUGUGUAAUUGGCUGGAAUAUUUGUUUAUCGAGCGUUUGUUUGAGCCUCCCAAGCCAUGCAGGCAUUUAUGAAAACACAAUCACACAUGCGCGUACACAUUUCCCAAGGGCACCCUGGCUCUAAAGGUUGCCACAAGCCCAAAAAAAAAAGAAGGGGAACAGGCUCAUCGAAGCAAGGGAACAGUUAUCCCAUUUUUUCCUAAUACCCUCAUAGGGGACUUCAUCAGCUUUAAUCCAGCAAAAUCCAUUGCAGCUAAUCCCUAACAGUUUGGUACAUAUUUCCUCUAUCUUCUAUCACACUUGUCUCCCCCUUGCCUUUCAUUUGCUUUACCGUCGGCACACUUUUGUCUUUUUUUUUUUUUUGUGUGUUAAACUUAAUUAAUUGUCUAUUACUGAAUAUUUAAGAGAUAUAACUCAUUACUUGUUUGUGGCUUCAUGUGAACAUGUUUGAGAGUGUGUAUGCAAAAGAGAGAGAGGGAGUUUUCACUUCCUUUGUCUCUUUUGAUUAUGUUCGAGUGAUCAUAUGUGGGUGUGUGUGUGUGUGUGUGUGUGUGUGUGUGUGUGUGUGUGUGUGUGUGUGUGUGUGUGUACUUGUCAUAAGUCGAAACCAACUCAAGGCCAGAAAUGCUGUGAACCGUCAUGAUUUGUAUGGAGUAAAUGUUGAUCGUAUACACACUACUAGAUAUCUGUAAUGUACUCUCACAAUCCACGGAGACCAUUUUUCAUGCCCAUCUCUUUCUCAGAACGGUGUGACCUCUUAACGUGAUAAAACGACCUUUUGUUUUGUCACACUCCCAGAAAAGCUCAUGUACGGUCUGUUAAGGACAAUGGCAUUUGACUCUCUCAGCUGGCAUCUUAGUGUUGAUUCAGGUAGAGGAAAACUGGGAUAUUGCUACUGUCAUACAAAUAUUGAUGCUUCAUAUGUCUUUUUACAUUUAUAGUGUGCAUUUCCCACUGUUGAACCUGCCUCCCUCCAACUAUAACCUCAUAUAUUAUAAGUAUAUCGGCAUUGGCUGUAUGAUUAAUGCCGCUAACAACUAGUGUAGUCAGAAAAAAAGUCCAACUUCUUAAAAAUGUAUACUAGCUAUGGAAAGUAUUCGUAUUACUAAAUCACUGACAAAGGUUUAGCAAAGGGAUGCAUUUUAUUGUUAUGGCAGAUGUCUAAUCUCCUGUGUCGUCAGUCCAAACGCACUCAGUUGUGAUGUACUGUACUGUAUUUGUCUUGCUCUAUUAGGUGUAGCUGCUGAAGGGGGUCACUGUGACAUCUAGAUUCCUGGAUUGCAAAAUUAGGUGGAAACAAACCGUGCACGGAAAAAGAAACAGAGCCCUUGUUAUGUGUUCGUUCUGCUGGGUCAUUGACCCCUGGAGCUGUCAGUGGCACACGCACAUACACACACACACACACACACACCGAAAUGUGUUUAUGCACCGCAUCAGCCACCAUGCCAGAUCUGCAGGCAGACCAUGGUGUUGACACUCAUCAGGCUUUUUGAACAUGACUAACAUCAACACCGCACAGUCUUAGGUUGACCGGGUGUGGCGUGGACAGUAAGCCCAAGUGGCCACUGCUGAAUAGAGCUUCGCCCGACAGUUCCCCAUUCUUCUUUCGCCUUGGCAGCAUCCUUGUCAGCGCAAUUUUUCAGCUUAGUCAGUCAGAAACGGUCUGUUUGAACAUUUGUCUCAUGUUCCACGUUUCCGCGUUCCUCACGGCACUGCAGCGCUACGAGGGCAGUGUCCUACUUGGUAUCCCAGUACUGUUUACACGCUUCCUCUCCUCACCUCAACCACUUCACUGGUAGAUCAUUUUCUAUCAAUAGUGACCAUGUUAGCCUUUGUGCUGAAUAAUGUCCUCUAUCAAAAGAGGCCGCUAAGAGAUAUGUAUUUGUGUUACGCUGUCCUAAAUCAGGGUUUUCUAUGGGAGAGAUGCCAGUUGAUCUGACUGAGGUGCAACCCUAGUAUUGCGUUUGCAGUUUGUUUAAGCAAUUCUUUCUUUGUCCCAGUCUGUAUCCUAAUGGCUACAUGCCGAGAGACAGGCUUUAUUUUGAAGUAUUUCUAAGAGAGAUUAUUUUUGUUGGCCCACCCAGACUCUGGGAAAUCUCCAUGAUUUUGCAAACUGAAGCUGGUUUUUUAUGAGAGUGACAGAUGUGUGGAAGGCAAAAAAUAACUCCCGAUUCCAGAUUUGGUCAGACAGCCACCAGUUAUUAACCCAAUCUGGUGGAUUUCUUUAUAUAUAUAUUUAUGCCGGUUUGUAAAAGGCUAAGUAGCUGGCAUCCUUUCAUCUUUUAUUCCUUUUUAUGUCCUUAUUUGGUAAGACAUUACCAAAGCUCACAGUAAUAGAAAGCUCAUUCACUCAUUUCGGCGAGUGGACCCUCUACAAUUCAAGACUUGUUAGCGUUAGAGCCCUCUUACGUAUCAAGCAGCCUUUUGUUCAGCAGAAGACACAUAUCCCUGUUGUUGCAGCAGGUGCGCUUUUGGCCUCCCACUUAGGAUGGAGGUUAUUGUUGUGAGAUACUGUAGCUGGAAGAAGUGAGGAGGUGAAAUAUGACUCACAGAGGAAGACUCCCUUUCCAUCCAGCGCGCUCGUUCGCUGCUCUCCUGUCCCUCACAGAUGGCAGGCCAGCAGGCGCAUCACUUUACCUCAGCUCGUCAACAACUCUGUUGUUCUGGGCUUUGUAUGUGCAGACAAAGGGACCUGAGAGGGCUGUGGGAGGCCAGUUUGGUUUGGCCUGCGCAGUGAGUGAUGAGCUGGAACCAGUAGCUGUUGUUGUUGCAAAGAGGGCUGUGGUUUCACUUGCUCCUCUUAUAAAGUUGGCACUUUUCCUUGAUUGAAAGUUUUCUCUCUAUACCUUAUUAUUUUUUUUUUGCUGUUCUUUAUUGUGAUCUUGAGUUUGACAUUUGCGGUUCAUGUGCUGUGCUCAUUGUACAUGCGGUGGCUGACAUUCAUACAGAGCUGUAAAAUUUGUUAUUAUUAUUUAUGCAUGACCAGUAGGUUUGAAUUUAUUCUCGGUGUCAUCACUCAUCUACAGAAAACUUCACACUGGUCCAGUCUUGCACCCUGGCAUUUGAUCACAGCAACAAACCCAUGAUGAACCCAUGAUGUUGCUUUUAGAUGAGAGGGAAAAAAUCUAUUCAUGAGAAGGAAGUAUAAUAAUGCUCUCUUCUCUUAACCUACUGUGUUCUGCACUUUUCUGCAACCUGAUUAAGGCCAGUCAGUACAAUCUCUCUUAAAACCAGCCACCAUAUUAAAACAAAGGAUAGUUGUGUGCUGUAAAUCAUUUCAAGUAUAUGCUACUCUUUCCUUACCUCCUCCUCACUUUCUUUAUUCUUCUAAAGAGAGAAAAUAGAAGUGACUGUUUGAAAGCAGUGUUUCAAAGUUGAUGGUUUGAGCACAAGAAAGUGAGGCCUCACUGCGUGAGAGAAUAAACUUUUAGUAUUUCUGUUUCAAUUGCUUUUGAAGUGUUACAUAGCCUUUAUGUAUAGACCUUCCUUAAAAGUGUUUUUUUUUCCCCCCAGAAAAAAAGAGAAGUCUUUUUCUGGCUACUAUGGGAAAGUAAGGCCCAUUACAAUACUACAUCUUUUGACAUUUUAUGAACAAAUAUUUUUUUUUCCCCUCGUGUUACAUUACUUUACAUUGUUGUCCUUGACUUUCACUUCGAUUUAUUUCUUUCAUGACUGUAGAGAUGAAAAUGUUCCCUUCCUGUAGUGAAACUGCUAUGAAUGUGAAUACCUAUUGGAGAAAUAAAUGCAAUUACAAUGCAACUUCA